UCAGCGGUCGGCAGAGCUACGGGAGGGUGCGAGCUGUGGACUGUCGCUGCCGUGGACGUCAGACGGCCGCUGUGGACUGUGGACAGACAGUGGACAGUGGACGGUGGACAGUGGACGGUGCAUGGUGGACACGGACAGCAGUGAGAGCCACUGUCAGAGUUAUGAAGCUGCCCGUGCCGACCGCGCUGAUCCUAGCCGGCCUUCUGUGCGUGGCCGGCCGGCCCCAGGCAUCCUUUUUCGUGCCGCCCGAUUAUAUUGGGGCGGUCGAGUCGAUACCGUUGGCCACAGAACCGCCCACUGGAAACAUGGGCAGACUCUCACAAAGGCGGCAGGCGGAGGAGCAAAGAAUGCUCAAGGAGAUACUAAACCACAUUUUAAUAUCUCUGGAUAUGCCGUGCCGACCGCAAGCGCCGCGACUCUCCAGCGACGAGCGGCGUAAGCUGGCGCGGCUGGUCAGCAGCAUGCAGAGUCGGCGCUACCACGACCGGAGCGACCUACUCAAACGGGCGCAGAGCUUCUAUCCGACCUGUGACCACCAGCCCGAGUCGAGUCAGGACUCUGACCGUUCAUCGCCCUCUAUGGACGUCUAUUUCAACCUGACGUCAUUUCUGCCCUCGGUGCCCGAUGACGUCACCAUAGAGCAGGCCACUCUCCGGGUCUACAAACUGGCCGCACCGGUUGGAGAAGAGCAGACGGUGCGAGUCUCCCUCCACGCAUAUGCCUCCAACGACUCAGACCAGACGCACGAUUCAUCCUGGGCUAACGGAGGCGACGUCUCUCCUUGGGAUCAAGGAGGUGACGUCACACCAUGGUCUGCUGGCGUCACUCCCUGGUCUGAUGACGUCACGAAUGACGUCAAUCCGUGGUCAAGAACCCCAGCCGGCCCUCCCGGCCCCUCGGCCGGCCCGCGGCUGGUAGACAGUCUGACGGUGGCCCCCUCUCGGCACGGCUGGCUGACGUUCGACGUUCGGUCGGCGGUGCGUGCCUGGCAGCUGGGAGCCGACAGCUGGGGCUUCCUGCUGACUGUACAGGACACGGCCGGCCGGCAGCUGCCGCCCCGCGCCUUCCUACAGGGCAUGGAUUGUGACGUGGCUGUGACCAGCAGCCCGGUGCCGGGUGUGCUGGUCAAGGUCGCCCAGGACGCCCACCUGGACAUACAGGCCGAGCCUCGGUACCCUGUGCUGGACCUACUGACCGCCGAGCCGGCCGCCGAGACACCACUGCCCGUCGGCAGCGCCUCGACACUCGACGAGCCGUGCCCUCCUGCUGGCGGGCAGGGGAGCAGGAGGCAGGGCAGACUCCCGCACCGGCCAUCGGCCGCCGGUCGUCGUCACCGCCACAGCCGCCAGCGGCGUACCGCCGACAGGUCGUGGCGCCGCCACAGGCAGCCCUGAGCGAUCGCAGCACCACCUGUGGGAGCGCCGAGUGACGACAGCGCCACCUGUGACGGUACCGAGCCGCGCAGAGGGCGACACUAUGCGCCCGCACCGCCAGCGGAGCGUCGGCUGGACGGUCAAUGUGGGUACUUUCCGAUCCAGCUAGGGCGAGCCAUGAGGGCGAGGUCUAAAUCAGCUCUGUUUUCGUUCUUCAGUACAAAUGGAUAUGCAACGUACCGCUCUGCCUGGCGCUGCUUUGACAGCGAGGCUGAUAAGAGGUACCACUGGACGGCUUCGAGGUACGUACUGAAGCUCGGCACAUCUUUUCUUACAGACCCUAUGGCAGUGCUUGACGAUAAUACCCGCUAGGAAUGUGUUAUGGACUAUAUCUGCCUAUUGAUUGCCUGUUGUGUCCCUCGUCCUCUGUUUGGUGCAACAUCGCUCAUAGAUCUGAUGCCCGCAAGUGCUACUUUGUGUACAUAAAGUGUGCUAUAGGUGUACGUACGGUAAAAGGUUUUGGUGUCAAUUAUCUAUACCAUGUUUUGAGAAUUUACCGCAGCGUUAUUUUCCCUUGCAUAUCGUGGUAUUGCCCUCCCAAAAAGAAGCCUUCAUCAUGUGAGAAUAGCAUGACGAGUGAAUGGUGUCUUGUCUCGGGCAUUUUUCUAUAGCGUAGUGUAACGUGCAAUGUUUAGAGCGUGUGCUGAUGUGCAAUACGCUCGAUCCCUGCCUUUGACCUAGAAUAUAGCAAUACAUUCUAACACAACCAUUCAUUGUGAAUGCUCGCCGCAAAGCUUCGGUGAGCCGAGCCCGGUGGCUAAGCGAACCGUUUAGGCGCAACACUCACGCCGAAUAAAUGAAUAAACGGUGACGUUUUUGUU